AUGCCCUGCAUUGUGCCGUACGUCCAUGGGCCGCCCCAGUGUGCGCUGAACCUGCGGCUCCGGAGAGGCUCGACUCACACUGCGCCCUCUGAUGAAGCCAGCCUGCUCACGUUCUUAGUCUGGGCAGCGGCGGCCCACCUUGCUGCACCAAAUCAUGGGCUCAUUGUAGUAAGUGUUAUCGAGUAUUUCCUGUGUGCCGGGGCUCCGGGGAAGCAGCCGCAGAGCCCCAAAGCGCCCGCGCCCCAGCCGCCCCCCAUCCUCAAAGUCUUCAACCGGCCCAUCCUCUUUGACAUCGUGUCCCGGGGCUCCACCACGGACCUGGACGGGAGGCGACUGACAGUCCCACCCCUGUCACUGCCUCGCCCCGCGUGCCUGCCCCCAGAGCCAUCCACAGGGAAGACGUGCCUGCCCAAGGCGCUGCUGAACCUGAGCAACGGCCGGAACGACACCAUCCCGCUGCUCCUGGACAUCGCCGAGCGCACGGGAAACAUGCGAGAGUUCAUCAACUCGCCCUUCCGGGAUGUCUACUACCGAGGUCAGACGGCCCUGCACAUCGCCAUUGAGCGCCGCUGCAAACACUACGUGGAGCUGCUCAUUGCCCAGGGGGCCGACGUCCACGCCCAGGCCCGAGGGCGCUUCUUCCAGCCCAAGGAUGAGGGUGGCUACUUCUACUUCGGUGAGCUGCCCCUGUCGCUGGCUGCGUGCACCAACCAGCCCCACAUCGUCAACUACCUGACGGAGAACCCCCACAAGAAGGCGGACAUGCGGCGGCAGGACUCGCGCGGCAACACGGUGCUGCACGCGCUGGUGGCCAUCGCCGACAACACCCGUGACAACACCAAGUUCGUCACCAAGAUGUACGACCUGCUGCUGUACGAAAGGUCAAACAAGUCAUUUCUGAUGCACAGCAACCCGCCUGCUGCCGACUCCCUGGCCUCCUCCCUUCCCCAGAUCAAAGACUUGUUCAUGAAGAAAUGCCCUGGCGUGAACUCUCUCUUCAUCGAUGGCUCCUUCCAGUUGCUCUACUUCAUCUACUCUGUGCUGGUGAUUGUGGCGGCGGCCCUCUACCUGGCUGGGAUUGAGGCCUACCUGGCGGUCAUGGUCUUUGCCCUGGUCCUGGGCUGGAUGAAUGCCCUCUACUUCACCCGCGGGCUGAAGCUGACGGGCACCUACAGCAUCAUGAUCCAGAAGAUCCUCUUCAAAGACCUUUUCCGCUUCCUGCUCGUCUACCUGCUCUUCAUGAUCGGCUACGCCUCAGCCCUGGUGUCCCUCCUGAACCCCUGUGCCAACAUGAAGACCUGCGAGCAGGACCUGACCAACUGCUCGGUGCCCACCUACCCCUCGUGCCGGGACAGCGAGACCUUCAGCACCUUCCUCCUGGACCUCUUCAAGCUGACCAUCGGCAUGGGCGACCUGGAAAUGCUGAGCAGCGCCAAGUACCCCGUGGUCUUCAUCGUCCUGCUGGUCACCUACAUCAUCCUCACCUUUGUGCUGCUGCUCAACAUGCUCAUCGCCCUCAUGGGUGAGACGGUGGGCCAGGUCUCCAAGGAGAGCAAGCACAUUUGGAAGCUGCAGUGGGCCACCACCAUCCUGGACAUCGAGCGCUCCUUCCCUGUGUUCCUGAGGAAGGCCUUCCGCUCUGGCGAGAUGGUGACUGUGGGCAAGAGCUCGGAUGGCACUCCGGACCGCCGCUGGUGCUUCAGGGUGGACGAGGUGAACUGGUCCCACUGGAACCAGAACCUGGGCAUCAUUAAUGAGGAUCCGGGCAAGAAUGAGACCUACCAGUACUACGGCUUCUCGCACACCGUGGGCCGCCUCCGGAGGGAUCGCUGGUCCUCGGUGGUCCCCCGCGUGGUGGAGCUGAACAAGAAUCUGAACCCGGACGAGGUGGUGGUGCCUCUUGACACCAUGGGGAACCCCAGCUGCGACGGCCACCGGCAGAGCUACCCCCCCAAGUGGAGGACUGACGAUGCCCCCCUCUAGGGGCUUGGCACCCCUCAUCCCCUCUACCUGUCUUUUAAGUCCAUGUGCAUUUCAGCCGAGGCCUGGGGUGCCCACUGCACCCCUCCAGCCCCCAGAGGCGAGAGCUGGGCAGAGAUGCUGCAGAGACCCCAGGACCCUCUGCGCUCCCACUCGCCUGUGCUCCAGGCCGGGACUCCUGGCCGCUUCUCUCACUCCCAUGGAGACACACCAGCCAAGGCCAGGGCCCUGUGUUCCCAGGGGCGCCACCAUAUCUAUUUAUUCAGCUCUCAGCGGCUUGGCCCCCCCAGCACCCUUCUGAAGCCUCAGGGGCCCUUUCUGGAAGUGCUGCCCAGCUGAGACCCCACCCAGCCCCCACUCUCACCGUGGGCUUCACGUGCCAUCGGGUGCAGCCAUGGGGCGGCCUUGCUGAGGGGCUCCGGAGCAGGUGGACCCUGGGGUAGAGACUGCCCGGGCUUGCCUGUGCUCAAUAAAGGUCAUUCGUUGA